CAAUUGCAGCAAUCCACCCUCUGGACAUGAUGUGGGCUCUCCUGCUAGUUCUAGCCUUUUCUUCAUUAACUGAGCAGCAAGCAGCUAACCAGUGUCCUACAGUGACUAACGUUCAUCCUAAGAGUGGUCUCUAUGGUCAAGUCUACACUGUCACUGGAAGCAACUUGGAUUUGGUCUCUCAUGUAAAUGCAUCUAAUGGAUAUGGGGUGGUCAUUACAGAACAAGGAGAGAGCGAGCUUAGGUUCCGUUUUCAGGUGCAUUCAGGGAAUAAUGAAGUGAUCACUUUCAAUCUGUCGACAAACAGCAGUGUAAACUGUACCUCAAUACCACUAGAGAUUCACAUUUAUGGAAUAAGCCCAGUGGUAUCUAUGGUCUCAAGUGAUGAUGGACAACCAGGGACUGUCAUACGUGCGGGUGGUUGCUUCCCACCAGUCUGUGGUGACAAUAGCACUUCAUACACUAUUAAAGUAGGAGGGAUACUUGUUGAACUCCUACCUCAAGCAUUGACUGGUAGCACCUACAAUUCUGCAUUCUACAUUCGUCUAGUUUCGAUCAACGACAGCAUUCCUGAUGCAUCAAUUGUCCUUGUGUCAGGCUAUGGGACAGAGUACACCUUAGCAGGCAGGAUUAUCAAUUAUCGCAAGAAUGCUACACUCAUAUCAUCUAUUACCCCCAGCAGUGGACAGACUGGAACAAACGUGAGGAUUACUGGUACUGACUUGAUUGGCCUGGGUGGGCUAAACAUUGCCUUGCAGAGCGUUAGCAUUGGAGGAACACUAGCAGAAGUUAUUGACUCGUCUCAGACUGAGAUUAAUAUCAAAGUCUCUUCUGAUACAGGAGUCGGCACUCAGGAUAUUGUGAUCAGCUCAAUACAGACUAGCACCGAUAAUAAUGCUGUGCUCUCUGGCCCUAGUACUAAUAUCACUGGAAUGUGGACACAGCUGGAAGACGGUGUUAUAACUUCUCUUGUUCCGCCAGCAGCUCAAACAAAUGCAACAGUAUAUGCGUGUGGCAUGAGACUCCUGGGAGGAGGUAGCAAUAUUAGUAACGUGAAUAUUGAUGGGAUAGAAUCACUUAAUUUCUCAAUCGGGCUAGACAAUUUAUCCAAUCCAAGUCUUCCAAGUGAAUGCAUUAGAUUCAUAGUCCCUGAAAAUACUACUGGAGGAUUUAUUAGUAUUACCAGCAACACUGGAGCUAUUGUGUCCACCAAGACUGACCUAUUCCUUUCCUAUGCUAACAUUACUUCAGUGUCACCAAACAGAGGGCAAGAGUACACGUAUGUCACUCUCAAUGGCUCUAACGUUCUCUCUGGAUAUAAUUCAAGCGACAACAUUACGGAACUAUCAGUUGAGUGUGGUGGUAUUCCUGCUUCUGUGUUGAGCUAUGAGUCAGAUAGUGUACAUGUACGUGUCAAUCCAACCAAUCUUAUUAAUGCUCUUAGCAAUAUCCAGAUAACAGUCACAAACUAUGGACUCACUUUCACAGUAUCAAUACCCAAUGCAUGGACAUACCUCAUCCCAGGUCAAGUGGAUGUGGUCACCCCUUCAUUUGGUCAGUAUGGAACAAGACUUGAAAUCACUGGGACUAAUCUGACGGGCUAUGGGCAAAGUGUCCAAUCUGUUAGAAUAUUGGGAAGUCAAACUGGAAACAUCAGUGUUGAUCCCUACGUUGAAUUUCAAGUGAUUUCCUCCUCAGAAUCGCUUGUGUUACUCUCUGUGCCCCAGCCUUUCAAUGCCUCAUAUACUGGAUUCGUUGAUAUAGUUCUAGUAUCAGAUAAUGGUGCUCUCGUUACUGGUAGUGAAGUAUUUGAGUACAGAGAAAUGGGAAGAAUUGAUAGUGUGAACCCCUCACAAGGUCAAAGAGGAACUUAUGUUAAUAUUACUGGAUUUCAGCUCUUUGGCUAUGGAAGCAAUGCCAGUACAGUUAGAUUUGGUGGCAUUGAAGCAGCAAUUGAUUACACUACUUCGUCUCCAUCCUUCAUUUCAGUAAGGAUAGGAAGCAAUAGUAACCUAACCAACAGCACCAAUGUGACUAUAAGUAUAAUAUCUGAUACACAUGCUAUUGUUCAAUCAUCCAGCAACUGGACCUAUCUAAAAGAGGGAGUCAUUGACUCAGUUACUCCAUCAAGAGGACAGUUUGGUUCUCUAGUCACUAUCAAUGGCUCCAAUCUACUCGGAGGCGGUAUCUCUAUAGCUCAGAUCUAUAUCGAUGGGGUUCCUCCAAACAUUGUGAGUUUUAAUGAGGAUCAAAUUAUUGUAACACUCGGCGACCACACAUCAAGGACUGAUGGUAUUCCAUCAGGUGAAGUGUAUAUAGAGUCUAACACAGGAGCCAUCAUUAGAGGAGGGACCUUUGAGCAGCUAUUGCCUGGCAACAUAACCUCCUUCUCUCCACUCAGUGGCCGAUUAGGAACCAUUGUUACCAUACAUGGCUUCAACCUGAAAGGAUAUGGAUCUGCCAUAACUAAUGUGACAGUAGCUGGUUAUGCUGCCCUAUCUGAGUCAUUUGAGACAGACUCUAGCGAGAGUACACUUGUUAUAAGUAUAGACACUGCCCCUAAUGGCACUACUGGCCCUAUUCAUAUUCAUAUUGAUACUGGGGCUGUCAUAGAAUCAAGUGAGUCAUUCACUUAUACAGAGCCUGGUAGCAUUAGCACUGUAUCGCCCUCUACUGGCUCUGAGGGAGUUGGUCUGUUAAUUACAGGUAGUCUACUUGAGAUUGGUAGUGAUGGGCCAGCUAUUACUAAUGUCACUAUUGGUGGAUCUGAAGUAUUAAGAAUAGUCACUAGUUCUCCUAAUCAAGUGACAGUUAUUGCUGGACCAGCUCCAAUCAUAGGGAACUCUUUACUAGUGAGAGUAAUAUCUUCUGAUGGGUCUUAUGUUGAAGGAGGAAAUAGCUUCACUUAUCAGAACUUAUCUCUUUCAAUUGUUGGUCGAAAUACUGGACAGUAUGGUACACAGGUAACACUGAAUGCUCCAUUCCCAGCUACUGAAGUGGCCAGUGUCUAUUUCGACAAUCAAGAGGCAACAAUCAUAACAACUCAACAAAUUGAUAGUAAUUCUAGCACUGUUGCUGUAACAACACCACGUCCUCAGAGACUGGGUCAAUUCACUGUUGAUGUUUCAGUUGAGAACAAUCGACACAUUUUUGCUCGUCUCGUAAACGGGUUUACUUAUUUGCCCGAAGGUGCUAUAUACACUGUCAGCCCUUCCUUUGGUCAAAGGGGAACAAUAAUCACCCUAACUGGAGAAAGACUGCAAGGAGGAGGGGAUAGUGUCGUCACAGUUGACAUAGGAGGCGUUGCAGCUACAAUAAGUAAUUAUUCUGAUUCAUAUGUUAACGUUUCACUGAGUGGUAAUCUUCCUAAUGGACAGAGUUCUUUCUCUGAUAUAACAAUAAUCAGUAAUACAGGAGCAACCAUCACAAGACUAGAUGGAUUCAUGUUCAUAGAGCCUGGACAAAUCACAUCCAUUAGCCCACUUAGUGGACAACAUGGGACUAUUGUGACACUGAGGGGAACUGGACUGCUCCAAGGCAAUAUGGAUAUCAUUUCUAUUACUGUAGCAGGGAAUGAGGCUCAAUUGAUGGAUUCACCUAAUGAUACAUACGUGGUAGUUCAGCUAAUGCAUGGUAUGGAAGAAACUGGGAGUGUCAUCAUUACGCUUGAUAGUGGAGCUCAGAUAAGCUCAAAUGGGCUCCAAUUCAGUUACAUUACAGCUGGUAAUAUUAGCAGUGUCUCUCCACCAGUAGGUACAGUAGGGACAAUAGUCAGUAUUGUUGGUACUAAUCUUAGAGGAGGAGGAAUGGAGGCAGCAGUUGUAAAGCUUAAUGGUGUCCCAGCAACUAUUAUUAGUGAAACUGAUACUCUUAUCACUGUUGAAGCUAGUAUAGCGAAUGUCUCUUCAGGUGGUGUAGAAAUAAUCUCAAAUACUGGCUCUAUAGUAUCCGGAGAGAACAGCUGGACUUAUGAAGAGCUAGGCAACAUUACAACAGUGUAUCCUCAGUCAGGACAGCAAGGGGUCAGUGUAACUAUAGAGGGACUUAAUUUGAUUGGUAGUUCUGGGUCUGGUAUUAUUGAAGUGACGCUGGCAGGUAUUCCAGCAACUAUUGUAUCCCAGACUAAUGCAACAGUUCAAGUUAUUGCAGGUUACAGUAAUAGCUCAAUAAGUGGGCCAAUAGUCAUGAGAGAAGCAACUGGGCCUAUUAUAAUCAGCUCCUUUAACUGGCUUUACUAUGAAGCUGAAUUAGUCUCAAUUUCACCCUCUACUGGUGUCAAUGGGACUUACAUAUUAUUAAAUGGUACUAACAUCAUUGGGAGAACCCGACAGUCCUUAUACUGUCUCAGGUGUAAGUUUUGGCUCCAUACCAGCUUAUGAUAUCACAGUUCUCUCAGGAAACCUUGUACAAGUAAGGGCAGGGCAUUCACCAGUAGCUACGGCCCCAUUAACAAUACAGAUUAAUUCAACGU